AUGCAGAAUAACAAUCCCUCAUCAACUCCAAUUGUUAUGGUAAAGACUUUGUCGAAAAGUCAAUGCCCUCAAGAAGGACACGAAAAGCUAAAUGUACCUUAUGCUCAGGUAGUAGGUAGUUUGAUGUACGCCAUGUUAUGUACACGAUCAGAUUUGGCCUAUCCAGCCGGAUUGGUAAGUAGAUACCAAAGUAAUCCCGGUUCUGCCCAUUGGGAAGCAGUGAAAAGGAUUAUGAAGUACAUCAAAGGAACUAAACACUUGAAAUUAUGUUUUCAAGCGGAAAAACUUGAGGUCAUUGGAUACUCUGACACAGACUUUGGAGGGGACAGAGAUGACUGUAAAUCCACCUCUUGUCAUGUAUUUAUAUUUGGAGGUGCAGUUGUUUCUUGGGAUAGCAAGAAACAAGGGUGUGUUGUAAGACACACACAGGAAGCUGAGUACAAUGCUUGUAGUAUGGCAACUACUCAUGCAGUCUGGAUAAGACGAUUUUUAAUGGAAUUUGGGCUGGAUCUUGUAAAUGGACCAGUGGAAAUAUUCUGUGAUAAUCAAGCGGCAAUAAGCUUGAUACACAGUGGUGCAAAUAGCUCGAAGGAGAAACAUGUAGAAAUACAAUACCACUAUAUACGAGAUAUAGUAGAAAAAUGUGAAAUUAAAGUAACCUAUAUACUUACGAGCGACAUGGUAGCUGAUCCCCUUACAAAGGGAAUUCAUGCGGAAGCCUACAUCAAACAUGUGAAUUUGAUGGGACUAAGAGCAAUCUAA